AUGAGGGAAGCUCCCUAUCAAACAGUGAAGCAGAGUCAUGAGGAGGCAGAGAAGCUCCUGGUGGAAGUGGCUGAUAAAGAGAUUGCCAGCUUGCCUCGGGACAGCUGCCCUUCCAGGAUCCACAACAGGUGCAUCCUGACCUCCCGCCCGCGGGGCGUGAAGCGGCGCUGGAGGCUCAGCAGGAUCGUCUUCCGGCACUUCGCUGACCACGCCGAGAUGUCUGGGAUACAGAGGGCUAUGUGGUAG